GCCCAAGCACCUUCUCUUCUCAUUCGACCACGACUAAUAACUUCAAGUUCUAGGCCACAACGAACAACUCAAAAAUCUCUACCAACUCCAAUUCCAAUACCAGCUCCCAAAUUCAAAAAUACCAAAGUACCUAAUAUAUUAAAAACUAAAGGUCGCAACCGCAAGGAAUGAAGUUUAACCACUCAUGGCGUCCGAUCAUCGUACCUUAAAUCCAAAGGCUUCGCAAGAGACGUUGAUAUCUCUGCUCCAGCUGGAUCCUUUGCCUAUAGACAAUGCGUCCCUCUACGACAAGGACCUUCCACCUCUACCUGAGGAAGAUCAAGAGUCUUCGAGUCGUAGUACGAGGCAUACACCGACCAGCUCAACGUCUACCUUAGGUCUUAGCGGUAGCGGUCAUGGCCCGAUAUAUUACUUAUCUCGAAUCCAACGCUAUUCUUCCUAUACAUUUUCCUUCUUCGCUGGCCUCCAUUUCGCAAACACCGCCGUAAUCCCUCUGGUUUACAAAUCUGUUCCCUAUUCCGAACCCUUUCUUCUUAUGGCUCGUGAGCUCUAUCAGACCCCUUACACCGAGCCCCUACUGGUCGCCCUCCCCGUCGUUGCCCACGUCACAUCAGGUAUUGCCAUACGCCUACUUCGCCGACGCCAAAAUCUAAAGCGGUACGGCGGUGAGACCCCGGGUAUGUGGGCUCUACAUCACUCGAAGUCACCCAACCAGAAACACAGUACAAAGAUGUGGCCUCCCCUAACUUAUAUUUCGGUUUCUGGGUACUUUUUCGUUGGGCUUCUUGCCGCGCACGUAGGCAUGAACCGCAUCUUACCUCUCGUCGUUGAUGGUGAUAGUUCCAACAUUGGGCUGCAGUUUGUAUCACAUGGCUUCGCCCGACAUCCUCUACCGCCCUUGAUAGCAUAUUCGUUGCUACUAUCCGUCGGAGUAGGUCAUAUGGUUUGGGGCUGGGCUAAGUGGCUGAAUCUCACGCCGCCCGCCAACUGGAAGAAGAUAACUUUUGAUAAGCAGCUACGAAAGAGGCGACGGCGCGCUUGGUGGGGUAUCCAGGCCGUCUCCGUCGCACUCGCGGCGCUUUGGGCUGCUGGGGGCCUGGGGAUCGUGGCAAGGGCCGGACCCGCCGAGGGCUGGCUUGCUACCGUCUAUGAUAAUAUAUACGCCGCCGUAGGUCAUUGACCGAUGAAUUUCAGGUAUGUGUAUAUAUGUUUUGCAUAUUGAACAGCAUCGACAUUAGCGAUUAUCCGGAGUUAGGACUCUUCAAGAAU